GUACGCACGCGUUUUGUUAGCGUCCUUCAAGUUGAAUGAAGUGAUUGUGAAACAAAGUUAAGAAACUUUCAAAGUUGUUUAAAAGUUUAUAUUUCCAAGAAAAUGUGAAUAAAUAACAACUUUUGAGUGUAAUAUACACCUUAACUCUUCUCAUUUUGGUGAUUACAAUAAUGUAGAAGGUAUACUUGGGCAUUUAAAAGUUGAUUGAACUUUUGUAAGUCGUAUGUUUGAAAUCGAGCAAUUCCCACAGGUGUUAUUCAAUGUUGUGACCACAUAAAACCCUAGCAACGAUUUUUGAAUAAGUAGAAGGCGUGUUUCUUAGAGUAAAAUGUCUAAAUACAAACGAAAAAGUUAAGUGUUAUAAAAAUAACAGAUUCGAAACUGAAACAAGUAACGUUUUAUGGUGGAAUGGAAGAAAUGGAGCGACUGUUCAAGAUGUAUUUGAACAAACUUUGUGUGUAUUUCAUGGUUUUACUGUAUUUGGUGGAAAUAGCAUCACCUGCAGACACUGCGCAAAUGCAGCCUCCGCGGUUCUUGAUGCAGCCCUCAUCAUCCAACAGCAUCGUCAGGGAGGGCACCACGAAGAUCCUGCAGUGCUCAGCGAAUGGUAUACCGCAACCUUUGUAUCGAUGGCUCAAGAACGGCGUGGCGUUAGGCGAGUACUCGUCGGAGCUGUUCUUCAAAAUCCAUAACACGCAGCGGCAAGAUGCUGGCGCCUACCAGUGUAUCGCCAAAAACGACGUCGGCGCCGUAUUUAGUGAAAAGAACCACAUUGUCGUUGCAUAUAUGGGGGUAUUCGAGAAUACCGUUGAAACGGUGGUGGAAGUGGAGUCAGGUAAAGCGGCGAUCCUGGAGUUCCCACCGAUAGACUCCGAUCCCCCGCCCUCGGUGAUCUGGCAAGACGAGAACGGCGUGAACGGCGUGCUAAAAUACGACCAGAAGUACGCAAUAACAGACAAACACCAGCUCGUUAUAUUAUGUGCGUCUGAGGAUGACCAGAGAUCAUACAGAGCUCGAGCGAUAAAUACCCAGCUCGGGAAAGUGGAGAACAGCCCGUACAUCAGGCUGAACGUGUACGGCGACGACAACAAGGAGAUCCCGCCAGAAAUCAUCAUCAAGCCCCAGGAUACGAAGAUCAUAAAGGGCCAGGAGUAUACCAACCUGUAUUGCAUAGCCAACGCCCGGCCCCUGCACGAAUUGGAGACCUUAUGGUUCAAGGACGGGGUCCUGAUAGACCUGGCCGGCGUGCCCUACGAUCUGAACGACCAGUGGAACAGAACAUUGAGUCUCAUAUCGGCAAACUUGAACCACACCGGUCAAUACUCGUGCCAGGCUCGCCUGAAAACUGGUGGUUUUGCGACCGUCAGCGCCUCCUCUAUAGUGACCGUCUUCGAGAAGCCCACGAUGCUCUCGACGCUGAAAACCGAAACGUUCGGCGAGUUCGGGCGCUCCAUCGUCCUGGAGUGCAACGUCCAGGGAAUUCCUCUGCCGGGAAUCACCUGGUACAAGGACGCGAGGAAGAUCGCUAGCGUCGGCGCCGACGCCGGCGAGUCCGACGACGGUGACGUGGACGACGGCGGCGGCCGAUACAGGGUGGAAGUGGACAGGUCGCUCGUCAUCAACGAUCUUAAGAUGGAGGACAUGGGCAUAUACCAGUGCAUUGCCAGCAACGAAGCAGGAGAAUCUUCGAUUUACACGUGGUUGAAAAUCAAAAUGGAAUCUAGGCGCCUCCGCCGCAGUCCCAUGAAGUUAAUACGAAUGAGGACUUCGGAUAAAAAAGCAAAGACUUUCAGAUUUGAUACCGGCACGUCUCCGCCCGUAAUGCAGACAGCGCCCUCCAACCUGACCGUGUUGGACGGCAAGGACGCCACCAUCGCCUGCCGAGCCAUCGGCGCUCCCACACCCAACGUCACAUGGUAUUUCAAUGAUUCACGAAUAAUAAAUUUGUCAACGCGACUGCAAACUCUGGAGGAAGGGGAUUUGUUAAUUACGAGCACAACGACUGCAGACAGCGGCAAGUACACGUGCGUGCGCGCCAACGACGCCGGCAACGUCACCGCAGAGGCCUACUUGACGGUGCUCGUUCGGACGCAAAUAAUCGCGCCGCCGGUGGACACGCGCGUGUUGCUGGGCCACACGGCGACGCUGCAGUGCAAGGUGUCCAGCGACCCCAACGUCAAGUACAACAUCGACUGGUUCCACAACAAGCAACCGAUGACGGCGGGUUCCCGUAUCAUGUUGUCGGCGGACGGCGUCCUGCAAGUACAGGCGGUGCGAGCCGUCGACGCGGGCGAGUACACGUGCGUCGUGACGUCACCCGGUGGCAACCACACGCGCCGGGCCCAGCUCGCCGUCAUAGAACUACCCUUCAGCCCCACCAACGUCCGAGCGGAGAGGCUGGAUAUAGCCACCCAGAGAGCGGUCAACGUGUCGUGGACGCCCGGCUUCGAUGGCAACUCGCCCGUCCAGAAGUAUAUCGUGCAGCGCCGCGUUGUACCUGAAUUCGGGCCUACACCAGAUCCAUUACUGAAUUGGGUAACGGAACCCAUGAAUGUCUCUGCGAAUCAACGUUGGGUGCUACUGACCAGCCUGAAAGCAGCCACUUCCUACCAGUUCCGAGUAUCCGCCGUCAAUACUGUUGGCGAGGGACCGCCGUCUGACCCGACGGAAGUUUUAACGCUACCCCAAGAAGCAGCCGGUGACUUAAUAUGCUGCCAAGCACCCUCCGGGCCACCGUUAGGUUUCAUGGGAUCGGCUCGAUCCUCGUCCGAGAUCAUAACUCAGUGGCAGCCUCCUCUGGAGGAGCACAGGAACGGUCACAUUCUGGGGUACGUCAUAAGGUACAGACUGAAGGGAUACGAGAACAGCCCGUGGACGAAUCAGAACAUUACAAAUGAGGCCCAACGGAACUACCUUAUUCAGGACUUGAUAACGUGGAAGGACUACGUGGUGCAAAUAGCUGCGUACAACGACAAGGGGGUGGGAGUGUUCUCGGACAGCUACACCAUCAAGACGAAAGAGGGCGUGCCGGAGGCGGCGCCGGACAGCGUGCAGGCAGAGCCGCUCAACUCCACCGCCAUCACCGUCACAUGGCGCCCGCCUAACCCGCAGAAGAUCAACGGCAUUAAUCAGGGAUACAAGAUCCAAGCUUGGAAAUGGGACGAUGCGUCAAACGAGAGCGUUGAGCAAAAGCUAGUGAGCGUGCCCCCUAACUUGCUGGACCCGCUGACGGAACAGUCCGCUGUGCUCGGCGGCCUGGACAAGUUCACAGAGUACAACGUGUCCGUGUUGUGCUUCACUGAGCCAGGCGACGGACCGAGAAGUGAUUUUGUACUAGUCAGGACCAAAGAAGAUAUUCCCGAUGAGAUAAUGAACUUGCAAUUCGACGACAUCUCCGACCGAGCGGUGACGGUGUCGUGGGCGCCGCCGAAGAAACCCAACGGGGUUCUCAUCGGAUACAAACUCAAGUACCAAGUCAAAGACAACCCGGAUACACUGAAAGAGGAAAUAGUCCCGGCAAACAUCUCUAGCAUUCGAAUUGAACAUCUGCAGGCGAGCACGAUGUACAUGGUGUGGGUGAGCGCGGUGGGCGGGGCGGGGGAGGGAGGGGCGCGCGGCGCAGCGCUGCAGUCGGGCGUGGAGCCCGUGCUGCCGCGAGCGCCGCGACACCUCGCCCUGUCCAACAUUGCCGCGACCUCCGUGCUGCUGCAGUUCACGCCUGGAUUCGACGGCAACUCCUCGAUAUCGCUGUGGACCGUACAGGCCCAGACUGCCCGCAACUCGUCUUGGUUCACCGUAUACGAGAUAAACGCGCCAGACGCGACAUCAAUAUUAGUAACAGGUCUAGUGCCGUUCACGACGUAUCGUCUCCGACUUAUCGCAACGAACAUCGUGGGGUCGUCGCCGCCUUCAGAACCCUGCAACGAGUUCCAGACGAUACAGGCGCCACCAAGGCACCCACCGAAGAACGUCACAGUUCGCGCAGUUAGCGCUACUAACUUGCGAGUUCGGUGGAUUCCUCUCCAACAAACGGAAUGGUACGGCAACCCCAAGGGCUACAACAUAACGUACAGACGGAGCGGCGGCAACGAGACUCAGUUCAGCAUCAUAGACGACCACACGGCCAACUCGCACGUGCUCAACGGCCUGGAGGAGUGGUCCGUGUACGAGAUACAGAUGACAGCCAUCAACGAAGUCGGUACCUCCGAGGCCAGCCCUACUGCCACUGAACGGACUAGGGAAGCAGUGCCAUCAACUGGUCCAACGGAUGUGUCAGCGAACGCCACAUCGUCAACCACAGUGGUGGUGCUGUGGGGUGACAUACCGGUGCAGGACCAGAACGGUCUGAUCGAGGGCUACAAGGUGUGCUACGCGGCCAUCGCGCCGCCGCCGCGACCGGAACACAAGAAGGUGGAGUGCCAAUCUAUCCCGUCGAACGUGACGCACACGGUGACGCUGACGGAGCUGCGCAAGUACGUGCUGUACCAGAUACAGGUGCUGGCGUACACGCGGCUCGGCGACGGCGCGCUCAGCGACCCGCCUGUCACUGUCAGGACCUUCGAAGACACUCCUGGCCCACCGUCGAACGUAUCAUUCCCGGACGUGACAUUUACGACGGCCCGGAUAAUAUGGGACGUGCCGGAGGACCCCAACGGAGAGAUCCUAGCCUACAAGGUCACAUACCAUCUGAACAGCACGGCGCAGCACACGUUCUCACGAGAAUUCCUACCUUCAGACAGGACGUUCCGCGCGACAGAGCUGCUGGCAGAGCAGUACUACGUGUUCACGGUGCGUGCACAAACACGGCUAGGGUGGGGGGCGGCGGCGCGCGCGUUGCUGCUCGCGACCGCGAACCGCGCUGCGCCCGCCCCACCCGCGCGCCCGCUCGUGCAACGCUCGCUGUUGCAGCCCCAUCACAUCACGUUCUCAUGGACGCCCGGGGAUGACGGAUACGCCCCGCUCAGAUACUACACAGUUCAACAAAAAGAAGAUGGCGGUACGUGGCAGACGCUGCCGGAGCGUGUUGAUCCGUUCGCUACCUCAUACACGGUGGAGGGGCUGAAGCCGUAUACGGCGUACCAGUUCCGUAUCCGCGCAACCAACGACAUCGGACCCAGCCGUUACAGCAACGCCACGGAGACUGUGCGUACUUUACCGGCCGCACCAAGUAAAGCGGUGGAGAAUCUCCGCGUGGUCCCGAUAACGCCGAGCAGCGUGCGCGUGCAGUGGGCGCCGCUGGAAGAGGCGCACUGGAGCGGCGACGCGGCCACCGGCGGGUACCGCGUCUACUACCAGCCGCUCACAGACUUCCCCAGCUCCCUGCAGAACACUAUGAAGCAGGAGGUGCCCGGUAUCAAGAGCGAGGAGAUGGUGCUCCGCGACCUGGCGGUGGACCGCAACUACGAGAUCAGCGUGUUCGCGGCGAACUCGCAGGGGGCGGGGCCGGCGGGCACGCCCGCUGUGGUGUGGGUGGGCGAGGCCGUGCCCACCGCGCCGCCGCAGCGCGUCGCCGCCGAGCCCGUGUCGCCCACUGAGGUCGCGCUCACCUGGAGCCCGCCGCAGCUCGCGCAACAGAACGGCGACCUGCUUGGUUAUAAGGUGUUUUACCUGAUGACGGAAUCGCCGGAGGAGCCGGAGCCGGACCGGCGCGUGGAAGAGGAGAUCGAGGUGGUGCCCGCCACCGCCACCUCACACUCACUCGUGUUCCUCGACAAGUUUACACAGUACCGCAUUCAGGUGCUGGCGUUCAACCCGGCGGGCGACGGGCCGCGGUCGACCGCGGUGCUGGUGCGCACGCAGCAGGGCCUGCCCUCCGCGCCGCGCAACAUCACCUUCACAGACAUCACCAUGAACAGCCUCGUCGUCAGCUGGGAGCCGCCGAGACGACGCAACGGCCUCAUACAUUCGUAUCUAGUCACAUACGAGACCAUCGAGCAGGAUGAACGUUUCAGUAAGCAAGUGAAACAGAAGGUUUCGGAACGGCGGUUAGCGGUGGGGGGGUUGGAGGAGGAGGUGGAGUACCGGUUUGUGGUGCGCGGCGUGACAGUGGGCGCGGGGGCGGCGGCGGAGGCGCGCGCGCGGACCGGCCCACAGCCCGGCUCGCCCUCGGCGCCGCGCGCGCUACAGCUUGCCGCAGACCCCGCUGCGCUGAGACUGCGCUGGCGCAACGCCGCAUCCGGACAGGGCCCCUUGCUGGGGUACUACAUUGAAGCGCGGAAGAAAGCUAAGGAAACAUGGCAGGCUUACGACACGCGAUGGGAGACGAUAACCCGCACCAGCAACGGCCAGCUGGAGGAGUUCACGAUCUCGUACCAGAGCCUGCUGCCGUCGACGGCCUACUCGUUCCGCAUCAUCGCGUACAAUUCCUUCGGCAUCAGCAACCCCACCUACAGCGACAAGGUCAUCGUGACCCCCUCCAAGCUGUACCUCGAGUACGGCUACCUUCAGUACCGCCCCUUCUACCGCAGCACCUGGUUCAUGGUCGCGCUCGCAGCCGCCUCCAUCAUCAUCAUCAUCAUGGUCAUCGCAAUCCUGUGCGUCAAGAGCAAGAGCUACAAGUAUAGGAAGGAAGCGCAGAAAACUCUCGAAGAAUCUCUGGGCGGGUCGGCGGAGGAGCGCGGGUCGCUGGCACUGGACCUGUAUCGCGCGCGCGCCGGCUCGGCGGGCACGCUGACCGGCGCCAGCACGCUGCGCCGCAAGCCGCCCGCGCUCGCCAAGUCCCCGCCGCGCCCCUCGCCCGCCUCCGUCGCCUACCACAGCGACGAGGAGAGCCUGCGCGGCUACGACGAGAACCCCGACGACUCCUCGCUCACCGAGAAACCCUCCGAGAUCAGCUCCUCCGACUCCCAGAACUCGGAGAGCGAGAUGGAGAGCGUGCGCUCGGAACCGCACUCGUUCGUGAACCACUACGCCAACGUGAACGAUACGUUGCGGCAGUCGUGGAAGCGGCAGCGGCCGGCGCGCGGCCCCCGCCACUAUCAGAGCUACACGGACUCGGAGCCCGAGGGCAGCGCCGUGGUGAGCCUCAACGGCGGGCAGAUCGUGAUGAACAACAUGGCGCGGUCGCGGGCGCCGCUGCCCGGCUUCUCGUCGUUCGUGUGACAGUCGGCCGGCGCUGGCGAGCUGCACAUGUAGCGCGCCCCGACGCCGCCCGCGCCCGCCGCGCCGCCCUCACCGCGUGUCUUAUGUCGUAUCGAUUCUGAUGGGGCUUCCUAAAUUACUACCGACCCACCCGAUUUUUUUUAUAUUGGUAAUUUUUAAGGCAUAAUUUUAUACUAUUUUACAAACGAGAAGAGUAUUAGAUAGCUACAAAAAAAAAAUGUUAUCCUAAAAAAACCUUUUCACUUCUAAAAAAUUUAAGCUGUUCACUUAAUUACGUCUUAACGGUUGACCCACAGAUGUUUACCGCAUUUAUUUGUCACUAGUGCUUUGUAUGUACAUAUCAAUCGUAGCUUAGUAUUAGGUACAAUACUUUAUACUACUUAGAAAAUUGAAUAAAAGUAUCAUUUUGUAUUUAAGUAAAAAAAAUCUUUAACAUUUGACCAGGUAAUUAAUUGUUAAUAUGUUUAGGCAAUGUUUUUAGCUAUAAUUCACUGUAAAUAAUAAAAUAAAACUCGAGAUCUCAUGAGGUCUGCAUAGUAGUACUGAAUAUGUGCGAUACUCGUCGUGAAAUGCCUGUCUUCUAGAAAUAUAUCUUCAAUCGUUAUAAAGAAUAUUUAAAGACUUAGAAAAAGCUAUAUGAUGAGCCCGUUAUUACAAGAGGGCUUUUGCUCCUUGUCUUGUUUAUAUUUUUUAAUUAAAUGCUAGGUUACUCUAAAUGUACUUAAAUAUUUUAUCAUUGACAUUCCUUACUGAAACUGACCCUCACUGCCACUAGGUACUUACGUAAGACUGUAUUGGUUUCUUAUGUUUUCAUCAUAAUAAUUUAAUACUUGCGGCCGCAUGGGCGUACCCUGGAAGUCAAGUCAAGUCAGAAAUAAACCUUAAUUUUCCUGGCAAAUGGGAAUUAGAAAUGUGUUACCUACUCUGUGCAAAAUGAAGUGUUGGAAAUUAAAUAUAUUCUUUUCAGUCAGAUU